CCCUUUCCGUAUUUACCGGCUUGCAGUCACAGCAGAAAACAGGCAAUCCAUCCGCCGCAGCGCUUCACCUUCCACAUCCCCGCACACAUGGAAGUAUUGAUGCGCUCCAUCCUCCGAGCGUGUGCGCUGUAGCUGCGCGCACCCGAUCCCCGAGCGCGUCCGGGACUAUAGAGAAAAAAACCGAACGUGCUUUUUGUUAUUUUCUGUCCACUUGGGAUCACUCUAGCAAGAAGAAGAGGGAUCCGUGGAGCAGCAGAGACCGCACAAAUCGGCGGUGGCAGCCGAGUCCGGAUAACUGACAGCUCAAGGAGAAUUUUUGUGUUCACCAUGUACAUGCCGAGUGACUCUCCAAGGCGGAAAGUCGACAUCGACCUAAAUGAAUUACAGGAUCCUACUGGUAUCUUUGACCUGGUUGAAGUGGUAGGAAAUGGGACCUAUGGGCAGGUAUACAAGGGUCGCCAAAUUCGUACAGGGCAGCUGGCAGCCAUCAAGAUCAUGGAUGUCACAGAGAACGAGGAAGACGAGCUUAAAUCAGAAAUCAGCAUGCUGCAGAAGUACAGCCACCACAAGAACAUCGCCAGCUACUUUGGAGUGUUCAUCAAGAAAACCUCACCUGGCAUGGAUGACCAGCUUUGGCUGGUCAUGGAAUUCUGUGGAGCUGGCUCGGUGACAGACUUGAUAAAGAACACGAAGGGAAACGGUCUGAAGGAGGACUGGGCCGCUUACAUCUGCAGAGAGAUUGCCAAGGGUCUAGCUCAUCUCCACCAGCACAAGGUCAUCCACAGAGACAUCAAGGGACAGAACGUCCUGCUGACUGAGAAUGCUGAGGUCAAAUUAGUGGAUUUUGGCGUUUCGGCCCAAAUGGACAAAACUGUUGGAAAGAGGAACACAUUUAUUGGGACACCAUAUUGGAUGGCACCAGAGGUUAUUGCUUGUGAGGACAACCCUAAAGCCACAUAUGGCUGCAAGAGUGAUUUAUGGUCGCUAGGAAUCACAGCAAUAGAGAUGGCCGAAGGAGCGCCACCUUUGUGUGACCUGCAUCCGAUGAGAGCCCUUUUCCUCAUCCCACGCAAUCCUCCCCCUAGACUUGGAUCAAAGGCAAAAUGGACAAAGAAGUUCCACGCAUUCAUAGAGUGUGUACUGGUGAAGGACCAUGAGCAGCGAUACAGCACGGAUCAGCUCCUCAUGCAUCCAUUCCUGCUCAUUCCCAAUGAGAGGCAAAUCGUCAACCAGCUGAAAGACCACAUUGACCGCAAUAAGAAGAAGAGAGGAGAUAAGGAUGAUACAGAAUAUGUAUACAGCGGCAGCGAAGAGGAAGAGGAAGAUGUGGGUGAUUCGAGCUGCAAUGCCUCUGAGGACUCAACGCUGAGACGAAAAUUCCUACGCCUCCAGGUGUCCAACAACGAUCCAAAACCUUCACAUGUACUUAAGCAGCAGCAGCCCAAUGAGGAGCACAAGCGCAUGCUGUUGGCUGACAAACAGAAACGCAUCGAGGCCCAGCGGGAGCAAAGGAGGCUGCAAGAAGAGAAACAGAAAAAGCAACAGUGGCUGCAGCUGCAGCAGCAACAGCUACAGCAGCAGCAGCAGCGGCAGCUGCAUCAUCAGCACCAGCAGCUGCAGCAGCAGCAACAGCUACAGCAGCAGCAGCAACAGCUACAGCAGCAGCAACAGCAGCUGCAGCAGCAGCAACAGCAGCAGCAGCAACAGCGGCAGCGGCAGCUGCAGCAUCAUCAGCAGCAGCAGCAACAGCAGCAGCAGCUGCAUCAUCAUCAUCAGCAGCAGCAGCUGCAGCGGCAGCGACAGAUGGAGCAGGAGUUGCAGAGGAAGGAGGAGUACGAGGGGCCCAUAAAGGAUUGGAAACGAAACGCGCACCAUGACAUAAUUCGGCAGGAGCAGAAGAACAUGCUGAAGAACAUGUUGCCAGAGGAGCGUCUGGAGUGGCUACAGCAGGAUUAUAUCCGUAGACAGCUGGAAGAGGAACAGAGGCAGUUAGAGAUUCUUCAACAGCAGCUACUACAAGAACAGGCGUUAUUGCUGCAAUACAAGAAAAAACAAAUUGAAGAGCAACGCCAGGCUGAUCGUUUAAAGAGGCAGAUCAACCAGGAGCAAGCCUUCCUAGCAUCAUUAAAUCAGCAGAGCAGGCAAAUGGAGAAACCAAGUUUGACUGUCAAUGAAGCCUCUAAAGUUCCUAACUGGGUCAGUGGACGCAUGUACCCCUCUGAUAUUCAUAAGGUCCCCUCUCCUGAAAGAACCAUACUUGUGAGACCUGAGCAGUCACCCUCUUCAAAGGUCCCAGAAAAGUGUGUUUCUGGAAAAUUCCCAAAUCAGCAAGUCAAAGACUGUGAUAAGCCAAGACAGAGAGGUCGAAGCCCUACACGUAAUCAGAAGGGAGCAUUUUCGAUCCCUCAAGUGAAUGUGAUUUCUUCAGCUAAAGAUCCACACAAAAUUCCCAGAUCUCAUUCUUCUGACCCAAGACAGAUACAGAUCCAGGCUCCCAAUCCACCAGUCUUACGGGUGGAAGACCGAUCUAAGAUGAACAGACAGAGCUCCCCAGCACUGCAGCACAGAGUGUCCCACCGUAUCUCCGACCCCACCCUCCCUCCCUGUUCCGACUCCUUUAGCAGUGGAGCCAUGCAGCCUGCCUGCACCCCUCCCAUCCACCGCUCCAUCGAACCACAGUUGGGCCAUCUCAUUCCGAUGAAGACCCACUCCAAUUCCUUGUCAGGCUCACAGUCUGUGCAGGACCAGAAGGGCUCAGUUCUAAAUGAGGGUGUCAGUGUGUCCUCGUCAAAGCAUGAGGUGCCUCGUCAAAACUCAGACCCCACCCUGGAAACCCCGGGACCCCCGCAGUGCAUCACGGACAGGGAGGAGUGGGAUCAAAACCGAACUGCUUGGCUUAGAGAAGAUGAUAUACCACCCAAGAUUCCCCAGAGGACCACUUCCAUCUCUCCAGCACUUGUCCGGAAGAACUCCCCCAGUGGAGGUGUGGUUCUUGGUGCUCGCACAGGUUCUCAACUCACACGUACCAGUAAUCCAGACCUGAGGCGCUCAGAGCUUUCUCUCGAUGCCUUACUGCAGAGAUCUUCCUCUAACUCGUCAUCUUCCUCUUCUCCUUCAUCUCAGGGAGGCUCAACUGAAAGGAAAGGCCAAAUAAAGCAGGAUGAAUCCCCUCCAGGAGCCUUCAAGGAGGCUAAAACCAAACAGGAGGAUGGUCAAGAAUCAGCCAGACCCAGCAGACCUGCAAGCUAUAAGAAAGCCAUAGAUGAGGACUUAAGUGCUCUGGCCAAAGAACUUAGAGAACUGAGGGUAGAGGAAGGAAGCAGACCCCCAGUCAAGGUAACAGAUUACUCAUCCUCAAGUGAAGAUUCAGAGAGCAGUGCUGAGGAUGGCGAGAUAGUGGGGCAUGACGGCACUGUUGCUGUCAGUGACAUUCCUCGGAUCAUGCCAGCAUCACAGAACAGUGGUGAGGUGUAUGGAGGGCUGGCAGAGGACGCUCUGGGAGAUGCUUAUAAUAGCUCCAAGGACGGGACACUGGUGAUGAGAGGGGUUGAGGAGAGGAGGAGAGGGAGUCUCACUGAAAGUAAUGGCUUUGGAAAUCACAGUAACCAUGGUAACCUCCCUGACCUGGUCCAGCAGAGCAACUCCCCCACAGCCACACCCACUUCUGCUCUGCAGGAAUUGAGAAACAUGGGGGAGUUUGGUCUUGGUGGGUCCAAAGCAUCAUUCACCCCAUUUGGUGAUCCACGGGUUUUCCAAACGUCUCCAGGUGAAAUGGAUGAUGAGAACUCAGCAGCAGCCAUGUUCGCCAACGAGCUGCUGAGGCAGGAGCAGGCCCAACUAAACGAAGCCAGAAAAAUCUCAGUGGUGAACGUUAAUCCGACAAACAUCAGACCUCACAGUGACACACCAGAGAUCCGGAAAUACAAGAAACGCUUCAACUCGGAGAUCCUAUGUGCUGCACUCUGGGGUGUGAACCUGAUGGUGGGGACCGAAAACGGUUUAAUGCUGCUUGACCGAAGUGGACAGGGAAAAGUUUAUAACCUUAUAACCAGACGGCGCUUCCUACAGAUGGAUGUUCUGGAAGGACUUAAUGUUUUAGUCACCAUAUCAGGGAAAAAGAAUAAGUUACGAGUGUACUAUUUGUCCUGGUUGAGGAACAGAAUAUUACACAACGACCCAGAAGUUGAAAAGAAACAGGGUUGGGUUACAGUUGGAGAACUGGAGGGCUGUUUGCAUUAUAAAGUUGUUAAAUAUGAAAGGAUAAAAUUCCUGGUGAUUGCACUUAAGAACGCUGUGGAAAUCUAUGCGUGGGCACCUAAACCCUACCACAAGUUCAUGGCCUUUAAGUCAUUCGCUGAGCUGCAGCACCGCCCUCAGCUGGUUGACCUCACAGUGGAGGAAGGUCAAAGGUUAAAAGUCAUCUAUGGCUCCAGUGUGGGCUUCCAUGUCAUCGAUGUGGACUCCGGCAACCCUUACGACAUUUAUAUCCCCUCUCAUAUCCAGAGCCAGGUGACGCCCCAUGCCAUCGUGGUGCUCCCAAAGACUGAUGGGAUGGAGAUGCUGCUGUGUUACGAGGAUGAGGGAGUAUACGUCAACACUUACGGUCGAAUCACCAAGGAUGUGGUGCUACAGUGGGGAGAGAUGCCUACCUCUGUUGCCUAUAUCCGUUCGAAUCAGAUAAUGGGUUGGGGUGAGAAAGCCAUAGAGAUCCGUUCUGUAGAGACGGGCCAUCUGGACGGAGUCUUCAUGCACAAACGAGCUCAGAGACUCAAAUUUCUGUGUGAGCGGAACGACAAGGUUUUUUUUGCAUCGGUGCGUUCUGGCGGCAGCAGCCAAGUAUUCUUUAUGACACUCAACAGGAACUCUAUGAUGAACUGGUGAUGUGUCUCAUCCGGUCUGCCUCACUCAUCCGACGGACAGUCGGAAAACCCACCUCUCGCCUCGCUGCACAUCAAACAAAACAAACCUGACUAAUCAGGGCGGCCAUUAAAGAACUCUGUUAACACUGGAGAGACUUUUACGGUUUGGAAGAAAAAUAUAUAUGAAGAGACUAAAUAUUUUAUGGUGAGUUUGAUCAUGCAGACGCUACUCAAAUGACUGGAACCGACUUCCUCCAUCUUCUUCUUUUGUAACAGCACUUUGUUCCACUGGAUUUAAGAGUUUUCUAUUCCCUUCUCCCUGUUCAGAUCCCAUCAUCGCUUUUGUACUCUCACUGCCAUGUUCUCGAUUUUCCUUAAUUUCCUUUUCACAAAGUACGGAAACUAGAGUGAAUGAAUGGAAUUUAAUCUAAAUUCAAAAGUACUUUGGAAUGAAAAGAUUACAAAUGUUGUUUGAAUGUAUGUGAUGAAAGCUGCAGCCUCCAUUUCUGGUGCUCUGGGCUUCUCUUGUUGCCCUAAGACGUUUCACCUCUUCGCGUCAGUUCAGAGAAGUAGCCCCCCCACUCUGGAACAGUAUUUCUUCCAUCUUUAUUUUCUUCCAACCAUUCCUCUUUUUGGCUAUUUUAAAAUCUGAAGGUGCUGCAUCAGUAAUAUUUCAGUCUUUUUCUUUCUUCAUGAAAUAGUUUUGAGUCAGUCAGUCUUUGACACUUGAUGACGCAUAUUGCACGUCAAUGCGCACGCGCGCGCGUGUGUGUGUGUGCGCGCGCGAGAUGCUGGGAAUGUCAUUGAUCUUGCUUGUAAACUUUGACCCUAUGAGUUUGUUUACAUGCAGAGAUAAUACUUUUAUCUUGGUAUGAAUUUCAUGAUCAGGUGUGUGUACACACCUAGUCUAUUUUUUAAAGAAGGCAUUAUUGAUGGUUGAAUUUUGGAGUUUAAUGUUUGGAUUAUUUGCUCCACAUUUCUGUCGGUGGUAAAAAGAUACUGAAUAUUUACCACUGUGUGCAUGUUGGAGGCACAUCUCAGUAAAAUGGGAUCUCCUUUUAAAACUCACUCUCUCUCCUUGUUGGCUGUUCUCAUUUAAGGCUUUUAACUGUUUGUUUUUAUUUUUCCAGUGCCUAGCAUGACGCAAGCAUAAUGUAUGGAGGACACACGUUUAUUGUUAUUGAUCUCAUUAGAACCUUGUUUUUUUGUUGUUGUUUUUUUGCUUUUUGUUGUUUUUUUAAGUUUUUCAAUUAUGACUACAUUAAAACUGUUUUGGGAUUUGAGUGUGUUAUCUAAAUGUAACAAAUGUCUACAAACCCCCUUACCCAAGUGGAGAUGUGCAUUAAUCCUUUAAAAAUGUAUCUUUGUUUUUCUGAAAGAGCACCUAAAUAAUAAAUAAUAAAGUUUACAAGUCAAAACACAUACUACUGCAGGUUGAGGAUAGCUGUGUUAUUCCAAUUAACAUUUAUUUUCUCUUAAAAAACAUGCUCAAAGAAACAAUAAUAUAAAUGUCUGUUGAUACUCAUUUUUAUCUGAAGUUAAAGAAGUUAUUCCAAAGAAAUUUCGGUUUUGAAGAUUUAAAUAAAACUGUUUCACAUCAAUGGUUGCAAAUCUAAUAAUCAGAGCUGCUGCUUUUAAUUCUAGCAAACUGACAUUGUUGCUUUUUUUAAAAACAUGUUAACUGAGUUCAAACAAGUUUAGUAACUAUACAUUUUCUAAAAUAAUAGGAAUUACUUCCUUCUUAAAACCAUCAAUAUGCUGUUGAAUGUGGUAACAAAUGUAAGAUAAGAAAGAUGAAUCCACGUUCUUUUCAUGUGAGUUAUUGUUUCAACUCUGAAAUGUUCUGAUUUACUGUUGUUUUAGCUCACCUGAACAUGCUAACAUUUUAGCAAUAAGAGUCGAGUCUUCCCCUGGUGUUCAUCCAGGCUUCUGAGCGUUCUGAUGGAGUGUGAUUGACAUGUUUUUACAGUUCGUUCAUGUUUAAAGUACAAUUCUGACUGUCAAGACACUGAAAUCCCUUAUUUUAAUGAUGAAAUCCAUUUUUCUGUUUGACUUUCUUAAUUUUUGAAGAGCAAGAGGGGUUUAUUAGCUUUUUAAUGCUGUAAAACGGAAAUAAAUGAAAUAACCUCAUGGAAA